GAGGGUAAUAUGAGGAGAUACAAUGAGAGAGAGAGAGAGAGAAGGGAGGAGGAGAGAAAUUUGGAAAGAGAGAUAAAGACAGAGGAUAGAGGGAUAAAAGCUGAUAAGGCUGCGCCGGACAGCUGGUUACAGUAGAGAGAAAGAGAGGGUGAGAGGGUGAGUGGAGCUGUAUCCUCUCUGUGAUUCUGCUGCAGCUUCUCUCUGUCACUGACUGAUCCAAUACAGAUGAUGUCAUCAGAGCACCUGACCUGUGGUUGGCUGCGGCGGCUGCUUGUCAUCCUCCUGAAGCUGUGCCUCGCUUUUGCUGGGCCUCUGCGACCACUCAACAGGACCGAUUGUGCGGCCAAGGGCCCUGCUUCCUACAUCCUGGUCUUUACGGGCCACUGGAGCCCUCAGGCCUUCCCCAAGCAGUAUCCACUGUUCCGGCCCCCUGCGCAGUGGUCCAAACUCAUAGCGGUCAGCCACAAUCGCCAUUUUCGGCUGUGGGAGGAAGGUGCCCCAGCCAGUGCAGGGGUGCAAAACUUCGCUGAACUCGGGGUGACGGUGGAGCUGAUGAAGGCGGCCAAGGAGGCCAGGAAGAGACGUGCAGUCGGCGCCAUGUACCGAACGGCCGGGAUCCCUAACGGCAUUGGGCACAGCUCCACUGAGUUGCUCAUGCAGCCCCGGAGCUCGCUGUUGUCCCUGAUGGUGAAGAUGAUCCCCAGCCCCGACUGGUUCGUUGGCGUGGACAACCUAAACCUUUGCGAGGGUGGCCAGUGGAAACAGGAAGUGACCAUUGACCUCCAGCCUUACGACGCAGGGACAGACAGUGGAUUCACUUUCUCCUCUCCCAACUUCCCCACCAGCCCGCCAGAAAACAUCACAAAGAUCACGUCUCAGAUGCCGAACCACCCAGCCAAUUCCUUCUACUAUCCACGUUUGAAGGAGCUUCCACCGAUUGCCAGCAUAAGGAUCACUCGACAGAACAGAUCACCUGACCGCCAAGCCCCAAUGUCCAAUCAUAUUCUGCCCAACUCUAUCAGUCCCCAGCGCUUCUCGGCUACACCACUGGACUGUGAGGUGUCUCUCUGGUCAUCCUGGGGUUUGUGUCUGGGUCCCUGCUCUAGAGGUGGCGUUCGCCACCGCACACGUUACAUCCUUUUGCGGCCGGCCAAUGCCGGCACCCCCUGCCCUGAGCUGGAGGAACAGGCUGAAUGUGUACCACACAGCUGUAUGAAAGUCCAGUAACCUGCAGAGCGCAUUCAACACUGGGACUCUCAUGUUAUCACUGCUGGACUGAGAAAUGUUGCUGCAUCCUGAGCAUCUCCUUGAUAAUGCAAUGGAUUGUUUUGUCUCUGUUACAGCCAAAUUGUGGAGAUUUAAGACUUGCUACAUUAUCUGUGCAGCCCACUAGUUUUAGAGCAUACACUUCUCUGUGUGUAUUUUAAUUCUGAUUGUAGCAGAGUCUUGGACAGGUAUUAGGGUUUGAGAUAACUGUUGUUAAAAGGUAAAAGUGAUUUUUAUAAACUGUCCAUGGAUCCAGGAUAGAAAAACUGACAUGAAGAGGAAUGACACGUGUCCCCUACAAAACCUGUUAUGGUUUAUUCAUUACCAACAGCAUAUGUAUGUAAAGCGUAUGCAGAUAUUAGCGUACUGGAGUCACAAACAUGCAUCUUUAACAUGCACACACUCUUACAUGUAUCCACACAUGUGCACACAGAAAUCUCCACACAAAGGUCCUUGCACACACUGCAUACUCUUUCAGGCACGGAGGCAUUAGUUUACAUAAGUAACCUAUACAUGCUUGGCACAUGCAGCUCUUUCAAAAUAACCUCACACCCCCGAUUUAUAAAUAUCACCUUUCACAAGAAAAAACCUAAUAGCUGACUUGAAGUGUAGAGCCAGUCUGAAUAUGCUGGCCUAUUUUAUAACAAGAUGCAGGUUUUUAUAAAAAGAAAGAUGUUUUAUUAUCUCUUUUGAUAUUUUAAUGUUGAGAUUUUGUAUAUACUGUAUGAUGUACCUUAUCUUGUAUAACUCAUGAAUAAAUGUGGUGGUGUUUUUCAAA